UUCCAGCCCUUUGCUACCUCUCUCUCCAAAAUCCGAAGAAAGGACCAAAAAUGGCGUCGCCAUCACGCCUCCAAGUUCUCUCGUUGUUCCGGUCACUGCUGAGGACGGCGCGUGACUUCCCAGACUACAACAUACGAGAGUACACCAAGCGCCGUACCAUUGACGCCUUCCGGCAGAACAAGGCCCUCUCAGACUCGUCUCUGGUUGCCGUCGCCUUCUCAGAUGGAAAGGCACAGCUCGAGAUUGCCAAACGUCAGGCUGUCGUCUAUGGCCUCUAUGCCCCCAAGAUCAAGAGCGUUAUGGAAUUAAAACACUGAUUCCAAGAAUCAAUUUUCCUUAGGUUUUGUAAUUUUAAAUUGCCAUACGUUAGGCUCCAGAGCUAGGUUUCUCUGGAGUUUGGAUAUUGAUUAUAUGCCAGAAAUUGAACUCUUGUUAAUUUAAUUUGUGUUUCCAUUUUAAUAUUAAUUAUACCUGCUUAUUGAUGUGA